AUGUCCUUACAAGAAUUUGUGUUCAACAAAUUGAUUGGACUGGGCGAAGAAGUGUCAGCAAAUCCCUUCUAUACGGUGCCACAAAACUCAAAAACCAAUAUCGAACCGAAAUUGGAUUUAUAUAAAACCGAAGAAACUUUGGAAAAUUCUACGAAUAAUUUCAAACAAACCAUUUGCAAAUGUCCACAUUGUGAAAAUAUGGCAAAAAAUUUCCUCUACCUAGAAAGUCUUAUACGAACCAACUAUAAUGCCAGCAAUAACUGUAAUGUUUGUAACUCUUCCCUGCAAUAUCUGCAGUAUGUAAAUAAGAGUAUCAUGAAAAUAUUUGGUAAUUUUGAUUCUAUAGUAGAAGCAGCUAAAGCAUUUGGACUCAACAAUAUUAAAUCGAAAACAAAACUGGCCAAAUUAAGUACUAAACAUGCUAAAAGACUUACAAAGUCUAAUCACCUAAGUCUUAAAGCACAGAAAGUUGCAGCAACUGCAAAACAUCAUCAUCAUCAUGUAAAGAAAAUGCCAUCAAAUGUUUUAAAUUCGAGCAAAAAGAUUCAAGGUAGUUUUAUCAAAAAUCCAAUUGCUAGUUCGAAAAAAACCAAUAAAAAGAAAUCGAAAUUUAAGAAAGAUGCAAGUAAUCAUAGUGCGGUUAAAACAUCUAUCGAUGGUACAAUUACGAAGGCUCUGACAGUUAUUGUCACAUAA